AUGCUGCCGCCUAUUCGAUCGCCCUUGCGGCGCACCAACGAGCAGCCGAUUGGCUCGCCACUGUGGGCUCGCAGGUCUGGCAUCCCUCCUUGUGCCGUAUGUCCUAUUCUUGUAUCAAUAGCUAUACUUAUCACCAAUAUCAGCAUAUGCGCUGUCGCUGCACAGUAUGGCCUGAGCGGCAAGCCGGAGGAGCUCGAUGCCGAUGCCGCGACGCUUUUGCGGGAAGCUUACAGCUCGGAUCCAACCUGGGCUAGCAAAGGCGAGGUAUCAACAGCCAAACCGGCGCCAAUUCGCGCGGGGCGCAUCGUGCUCGAGCUAUUUGACAAGGAGGUUCCCAAAACAGUUGAGAACUUUCGCUGCUUGCUUACGGGGGAGAAAGGGCUGGGCAAGGCCAGCAAGAAACCCCUGCAUUACAAGGGCUCUAAGUUCCACCGGAUUGUGAGGGGGUUUUGCUGCCAAGGGGGCGACAUCGUGAGGGGCGACGGCUCGGGAGGAGAUUCCAUCUUCGGCGGUCAGUUCAAUGACGAGAAGCCCGGUCUGAAGCUCAAACACGACGGGCCCGGGAUAUUGAGCAUGGCUAAUAGCGGCAAGAACACCAACACAAGCCAGUUUUUCUUCACGCUGGCAGCUGCACCUCAGUGUGAUGGGAAACACGUGGUCUUCGGCAAGGUGGUGGAAGGCCUUGACAUUCUGGCGCGGAUAGACUCAGAGGCUGCAAGUCCUGACGGCUCUCCGCGGGUGGAUGUCACCAUAGCAGACUGCGGAACGUGUUGA